AUGGUCGCCAAGUCCUUCAUCGUCGCCCUUCUGGGCCUCACCUCCGUCUCGGCCGCUUGCACCGGACCUGCUGUCAACUCCGCCACCGUUUCCCUCAUCACGGAAUUUGAAGGCUUCAGGGCCGAUAUCUACAAGGACCCUGCCGGCUAUCCCACCGUGGGCUACGGCCAUCUCUGCUCUGAUUCCAAGUGCUCAGACGUCCCUUACUCCAUCCCCCUCUCCCAGGCCAACGGCCGCAAGCUCCUCCAGUCCGACCUUACUCCCGCCCAGAACUGCAUCACCCUCGCCACCACCUCCAACGUCGUCCUCAACGCCAACCAGUACGGCGCCUUCGUCAGCUGGACCUUCAACAUGGGCUGCGGCGCCGUCAAGUCCUCCACCCUCCUCAAGCGCCUCAACGCCGGCGAGAACCCCAACACCGUCGCCGCCGAGGAGCUCCCCAAGUGGAAGAACGCGGGGGGAGUCGAGCUCCCCGGCCUCGUUCGCCGUCGCGCCGCAGAGGUGGCGCUUGCCAAGACUGCUACCUCUGACAAGGCCCUGCCUGCCUGCUCCUAA